UUAAUCGAUAAUACGUAAACAAUCGCUAGAAAACAAGAACGCUUUGAUGAGACCGCUCAGUGGCGCGAGCACGUCCGAACACGCUAGAACGCUCUAAGGCUUGAAACAGUGCUCGACCGACUGUCAGCGCUGACCUUCGGUCCUGACCGUCAGCGCUGACCGUCGGUGGAGAAAAUGCAUUCAGUGCUACGCUGACAUUGAACUGCGACGCGCGUGUACAGUUGUAAAGGAAAAUGAAUCCUUUUGCUGUAAAUGCUCUAAUAUGUGCACGCUAUUUUUUGCGCCGACGUCGAAAUAGAAGGCGGCGAAGAUAUCAUGUACAUCCAAUACUUGUAGAACGGUUACUUGAAGGUGAAUUUUGCAAACUAUUUUUGAAAUUGCAAGAAGACGAGGAAAAGUUUUUUGAUUAUUUCAAGAUGUCAAUCAGAAGUUUCGAUGAACUACAAGCAAGAUUACAUGAUACUUUGAAACAUUCGAAUAUGUUUCGAGCUUCUGUCCAACCUAUUGAAAGAUUGGCUGUGACUUUAAGAUACUUCGUGACGGGAGAGAUAUUUAAAGAUCUUCAUUUUAGCUACCGUUUGGGGGCUUCAACUAUUGGUGAAAUUGUAAAAGAAGUCUGUAAGAACAUUUGGAUUCUACUCCAUGAAGAGUGUCUUUCGAUACCUAAUUCACAGGAAGGGUGGCUACAAAUUGCUGACGGUUUUGAAAAUAUAGCAAAUUUCCCUAAUUGCAUCGGUUGUAUAGACGGAAAGCAUGUCAGAAUAAUUUGCCCUGCACAUAGUGGGAGUCUCUACGCUAAUUAUAAAAAGUUUUAUUCUGUAGUUCUAUUGGCUAUGUGUGAUUCUGACUAUCGCUUCACCUAUAUAAAUGUAGGAGCAUAUGGAACAGAUUCUGAUUCAAAUAUUUUUCGAAGAAGUUCAUUAUUUACAAAGUUACAAAACGGAGAAAUAAUAUUGCCUCCUCCAAAAGCACUACCUCAUACUACAGAACCCCUCCCGUAUAUGAUUCUCGGCGAUGCCGCGUUUGGUAUAUCGAACAAAGUUUUAAAACCUUUCGCGCGAAGUAAUCUGACACAUAAGAAAAAAAUAUUUAAUUAUCGAUUGAGCCGAGCUAGAAGAUAUAUUGAGUGUACAUUUGGAAUAAUGAGUAAUAAAUUUAAGAUAUUUCACAGACCAAUGAAUACUUCCGUACCGAAUACAAUAGCAAUCAUAAAGGCUUGUUGCGUUUUACAUAACUACAUUCGGGAAAGAGACGGAUACAGAAUACAGGAUACACUAACUGUUGUAGGCUUUCACGACCGCACUCAUAGGAACAUUAAUAAUAAUAUCAGAUCAGGUGACGCAAUAAGGGACAAAUUUGCCAACUAUUUCGUGUCACCUGAGGGUAGUUUACCGUGGCAAGAUUCUUGUAUUUUUUAAUUAAAUUAUAUUUUUCAACAGUAAUGAUGUUUUAUUUACUUACCCACAUCCUUUUUCUCAUUGUCAGACUUGUCGUCGAAAUCCGGAAUUAAUUCCUUACAAAUUUCUCGCCACGCACUUUUUUUUGCAUCGCGGUCUUUAUAAAAUUCAUUCGAUAAAUCCCAUAGUGCCGGACGAAGACGCACUUCAGAAAUAAGGCGCUCUGUGUCGAUAUUCAUUUUUGCAUUUGAAUGUACGUACGUGCGUCCGGUCGGUCGCUCCGUCAGCGAGGCACUGAACGCAUCCGUAGGAUCUCAUAGCUCGUCGGUCGACCGACGUACGCGCAACCGACGAGCCGGACCGACGGCUCGACCGACCGUACGCGCGUACCAAAUCACGCGCGUACCGUCAGCGUAGCUGUGUGCGCGUUCUAAGACUUGCAUAGAUAUAGCUACGCCGACCGACAGUCAGCGCUGACCGUCGGUCGAGCACUGUUUCAAGCCUAAGCAACUGUUCGCGCGCUCUUGCGCCGUUUACAUCAAGCGAGCGAGUAUUCUUAGAAUAUUCUAUAGAAUCUUUGCGAACGCACUAAGAACAACGAAAGAAUGCUCUACGCCUGUUUACACUAGAAGAAUUUGAUGUAGUGGGGAUAGAAUGAGCAUUCGCUCGUUUGAUGUAAAUCGGCCUUUACACUUCUUAAUGCAGUAGCAACAUAUUCACCAUACACAUCGAAUGUAUCCUUCUCUAUUCGUUCAUCCAUCUUUUUUUUCGCACUUUUCAUUAUAUCAAGUACUUCAUCCAAAUCAUUUGUCUUCUUUCUCUUCCUUGGGAAAUCAGGUGUAGCCGGUGUAGGCAUUGGUGAAUGCUCUGUUUCAUUUUCCAGAUCAGAGCUUUUCCCUAUUAAGUAUAGUAAGAUAUCAUGUAUAACAUUUUUAUGAUUUUAGGUUCCGAGUUCAGAGCAGGAAUGGAAACAAAUAAGUGAAGAAUUCAGACUAAGAUGGAAUUUUCCACACUGCAUUGGAUCUAUUGAUGGCAAGCAUGUUCUGAUUGGGGCACCACAUAAUAGUGGAAGUGAUUACUAUAAUUACAAAAAACAAUUCAGCAUAGUACUGCUGGCAAUAGCAGAUGCAUACUACAAUUUUAUAUAUGCAAAUUGUGGGGCCAAGGGUAGGGCGUCUGACAGUGGAGUGUUUCAGGAAACGCAGUUUUAUAAUGCAUUGGUACAAAAUUCACUUCAACUACCCUCUUUUGAACCAAUAACACAAGCCGGCCUAGAUAUGCCAUAUCUUAUCGUAGGCGAUAGUACGUUCGGUUUAGCAAAAAAUAUGAUGAAACCUUACCCUGGAGUCCAUGAACGUGGUAAUCCAAAGCGUGUAUUCAAUUAUAGGCUGUCGAGAGCUAGGAGGAUUAUAGAAAAUGUAUUCGGUGUUUUAUGUGUAGUAUUUCGCAUAUUCACUAAACCCAUACCUUUGAAACCUUCUAAUUGCGAACUCGUAACAUUAACGUGCACAUAUUUACAUAACUUCUUGAGACGCAACUCUGUUUCCAGAUCUUUAUACACGCCUCCACUAACAUUUGACUUUGAAGACUCAGAAGGAAAUUUGUUAGAAGGAUCAUGGCGAAGGGAACUUGGUACUUAUCCUAUGACAGAUUUCCAAAGGCGAAGCGGACAGGCAUCCCUAUCCGCUUUUAGUGUAAGAGAUCACUUUGCUGAAUAUUUUGUUAGUCCAGAAGGAAGUGUCCCCUGGCAAAAUAAUAUUGCCUAAAACGCUAACAUAUAUUAAAAAUAAUGUCACUAUACAAUUUACACUUUCGUGUGUCAUACUGAUAUAAAUAUUAAUAAACAACAAUUAUUAUUUUAUAAUUA